ACUUUAUUAGUGUUUGAGAUGUUUCUACUUUUGUAAGUUUUCUACCUCUUUACACAACUGAUCAGCUCAAUUUUCCGGUUACGCAAAGGUCACCUCGCGCGCACAGUCUGAGUACUUUUGAAAGGAAACUAACAGCUUUGCGCGUCGCCGGAGGUUCGGAAACCUGAACAGGCGCGUCCUUAAUGUCCAACGGCACGACUUCAGUCCUGAGGAUGGAACCGACGGUCCCGGUGGUCAUGUUCAUAUUCGGUGUGAUGAGCAACCUGAUCGCCAUCGUCGUGCUGUGUAAAUCCCGAAAAGAGCAGAAGGAGACCAUAUUUUACACUCUGGUGUGCGGCCUCGCGGUCACGGAUCUUUUGGGCACGGUGCUGGCGAGUCCUGUCACUAUUGUAACCUACGUGAAGGGUUCGUGGCCGGCGGGAGAGCCUCUAUGCCAGUAUUUCGGGUUCAUCCUGCUGUUCUUCUCUUUGGCCGGUCUCAGCAUCAUCUGUGCCAUGUCUGUGGAGAGGUAUGUAGCUAUAAACCACGCAUACUUCUACAAUGACUAUGUUAACCAAAGGCUUGCGGGCGCCACGCUCGUCGCCAUCUAUGUCUCCAAUGGAGUUUUCUGCGCCCUCCCGAGCCUGGGUUUCGGCCGGGUCACCAUGCAGUACCCGGAUACGUGGUGCUUCCUAGACUGGAGGACCGAGAAGAAGAUCCAUGCUACCUUUUCGUACAUGUACGCCGGUGUUUGCGUCAUCCUCAUCCUGGCCACCGUCAUCUGCAAUGUUGCGGUGUGUGGCGCACUGAUGCGGAUGCACCGCAGGUUUGUGCGGAGGAUGUCGCUGGGCAGCGAGCAGGGGAGAGCCACGGAGGUCGGCAGGAAGCGCAGCUGUAGGCGCCUGGCAGGAGCCGAGAUCCACAUGGUCGUGCUGCUUAUCGCUACUUCUGCCGUGGUGCUUGUGUGCUCCAUUCCCCUCGUCGUGCAGGUGUUCAUCAACCAAAUAUAUAAGAUUCCAGUGGAGAAACGGUUGGACAAAAACCCAGAUCUUUUGGCUAUCCGAUUUGCUUCGACCAACCCCAUUCUCGAUCCAUGGAUCUACAUACUACUCCGGAAAGCGGUCCUCAUCAAAGUCAUGAAAAAUUUCAAUUAUCUCUUCUGCAAGAUCAUUGCAUGCGGGCAGCAGAAACAGGGCAGUUUCCAUUGGUUGGAGCAACAGCGAGUGUCCUCCAUUAUCUCCAAAGACUCGCUAUCACUUGUGUCUCGGAAUAUGAGGGAGGUCAGAAGUCCCUCACAGACUUUUCUUUAUCUCUCUGCAAUAACUGAGCCGUGCAAAGACACCAGUUCAAGUCACAUUGGGUCAGAGUUCUUCAACAGGAACAUUUCAAAUAGUGUGGGAGAAGCAUGCCCUAUUAACCACACAAGUCAUACUUCAAGCUUAAAAGAACCAGAUCCUCAACUAUUUUAACUUUAUGAAUUUCCAAGGGAAAAGUAUUUAGUGCUAAAAGCCGCAUGUAGUGGCAUCUGUAAGUAUAUUUGCAUUUAUAUGUAUUUUGUUUAAUUACAUUUGAAUGGUUUGACUGCAAAAUGUCAUAAACACUGAUUUCUGACUUUCACUCUAGCUGGAAAAUUUAUGUUUCUAUGGCACACAAAUUUGCCUAUAACAGUUUUUUUUUUUUUUUCGCUACACAUCCUUCUUUUAAAACCGUUGAUAUGUUUUUCAUAAAAUUCAACAGUGAACAAUCGAGUUUCAUGCAAAGGAAAAUGCAUAAAUUUCUGUAAUACUCACAGAUCACUUCUUUUAAACAAAACUACUUGUGAGGGGAAAGUGGCGCUGACAUAAAUGAACAAAAAGCACUUAGUGGACUUUUGGAGAAGGUUAAAGUAAAAGAAAGGUUGUUUAUAGACUUUUAUUACCAUUGCAGUUUCCCAGCAGUCAGGAAUGCCUACGAUAAGGCCUGUUGUAAAUUACUGAAGUGGUAGAGGUGCUGAUGUUGCUGAUCAUGACAAUAGUGAUGAUGCAUUGUAAGCUGGACUUUUUGUAUUGUUCAUGAUUCUCAUGAUUUUCAACGACACUGAUAAAAAUAAACAGCCUGAUCUACUU